AUGGUCAAACUCCACCUUGUUACUGGUUUUCUAAGCCUCCUUUGGCUCACGCUGGGACUCGCCUCACCCACUCCAGACCUGAUCGAUCCAACAUCUGGCAAAAUUGCCGCCCGGAACACGCAGCUCCAACCCCGUGCUAUCCCCGCCUGGGAGUUUUACUACAACUACGACUCAGCAGCCCACCAGUCCAAAGCCACGGCCCUAACGAACCAAGGCUAUCGCCCAAUCUCCCUCAGCGUCUAUGGCGCGAACACAAAUCCCCGCUACGCUGCGGUGUGGGUCCAGCGAUCCGGCCCCGCUUGGCAAGCAACUCAUGGUCUCACUGCCGCUGCAUACCAGACCUGGUUCGACAGAUGGCGCGUUCAGGGGUAUGCCUCUACAAUCGUCAGUGUCACCGGCCCUCGUAACAACCCGGUCUACGCUGGGGUGAUGGAACAAAUCAGUGGAGUGAGCUGGUGGCAAAAGUGUGACAUGAACCUCCAGCAAUUCAACGACGCGUAUAACCAGGCCUAUGCGGAAACGAAAGUCUUGAAGUCAUUUAGGGAGUACGGUGUACCGACAGACCGCCGCUUCUGUGCCGUAUAUCAUUCGAACCCGCAGGUCAAUCACUGGGACUGGCGGCCUUCACAGACCCCUGCGGACUAUCAAGCCACGGUGAACGCCUUCGUGCAGAACCAGUACUGGAGACCUGCUGCCGUCUCCGUAUCCGAGGAUCAUCAGAUCACGUCGCUCUUCAUGGACACUAGUGUGGGUACCUGGGCCGCCCGACACGGUCUCACAGCCGCCCAGCUGCAGGCUGAGUACGAGACCCACAAAGCCAACGGACUAUAUAUCAUUAACCUCAGCGGUGGGGGCGUGGGCGCCAACGCGCGCUUCACAGCCAUCUUCGCCCAGCAAGACGUUCCCUCAGCUCGCGCCUGGACCGCAACGGGCACGACCACGGGCUUCAAGAACAACGCCGCAUCAAUGGCAACCGUCGACGGGAUCAUGAAGACCUUCAUGCAGACCAACGGCGUCCGUCAAGCCCAGAUCUCCAUCGGCAGGAACGGCGCCGCCCUGCUGCAACGCGCCUACACCUGGGCGGAGCCAGGCCGACACAUCACACAGCCCGCCGACGCAUUCCUCCUCGCGAGCGUCAGCAAGGCGUUCGUGGUCGCAGCCGUGCAGUCUAUGUUCAACAGCGGCCGGCUCACCCCAGGCACAAAAGUGUAUCCGCGUCUCGGCUACACGAACCCGCGCGACGCGCGGGUCGCUAACAUCACAGUGCAGCAGCUGCUCGACCACACCGGAGGCUACGACCGGGUGCUCAGCGGCGAGACCGUCUUCAUGAUGCGGCAGAUCGCCCUUGAGCAGGGCACGGGCGGGGCCCCGGCGACCAUGAAGACGGUCGUCGAUUGGGCGUUCAAGCGGACUCUGGACUUUGAUCCCGGCGCAAGGAGCCAGUACUCUAAUUACGGGUACCUCUUGCUUGCGUACCUUGUCCAGCAUGUUAGCGGGCAGAGCUACUACGACUACCUCCGCUCCACCAUACUGACGCCGAACGCGCUGGACGUCCGGCAGUGGGCUACGGCUGCCUCGGCGCACAGAGGCGACGGCAUCGUCCAGGAGGCGCGGGGCGUGUGGCUGAACGCGCAGACGCCGCUGUCGAACGUCGAGGUCCCAUGGGUGUACGGCGGCGACGGUAUGGUCAAAGAAGCCGCAGUCGGUCCCUCGAGUCUCUCGGCCAGUGCAUCCACGGUCAUGCGCUUCGUCAGCAGGUUCGGUGCAACAGGCAACGGCCCGCGCGCCGUCAGCUGGCGCGACGGCAAGAUGAACGGCGUCAGGACGUGGGCGCAGGCUCGCGCCGAUAAUGUCGACUGGGCGCUUAACCUCAACACGAUGGAGUUCUCGACAGGGGUUGAGAGUAACGAGCUGUUUAACAGGCUGUGCCAGGUCGAUAUCACUAACUUCCUGAACACGAGUCCGGUUGCUUAG